AUGGUUCGCUACAAAAAUCGGAGCCUGUUGUUGGAAUUACGCACACCAGGAAAUCAGUACUGUGGAGUUUAUCUGACGCCAAACACAUUGCGCGAGGCGAUUAUUAAAGCACUCAGGAAUGUCCUUGGGAUGAACUCGAGUGCGGUGGAGGGAAAUUUAAGAGUGAAAUACGUCAAUUGCUGGACGAAUUUGGCAGUGGUUACGGUUCGAACGCAAGAGCUCGUCAAUCUAAGAUGUGCUUUGCCGUUUGUGACAGCGCUAGAACAUGGCAGCAAGGGAUCAAGGAGUGUAAUAAUAAAGACGAUCAAAGUGUCCGGGACGAUUCGGGGAUGUCAGAGAGAGAUUAAAAACCUUCAUUCGUUGGCAUUUCUUCGGGCGGGCAACAAUGCCGAGCUUCAGCAGAAGGUCAAAGAUACUGAGAAGGAAAUUGAAGAACGCCUAAAUAUCGACGAUUGA